CCCCCCUCUCCCUCCUUCAUAUUCAGCUUCAUUUGCAGACGAUCAGAGCGCAGAGAGAGAGAGAGAGAGAGAGAGAGAGAGAGAGAGAAGGCCCCAACAGAAUUUCACACAAGAAAGGAGAAUACUGACCAUAGAAUUAAUCAGAGAGAUGGGAAGAGGGAAGAUAGAGAUCAGGAGGAUAGAGAACACGAACAACAGGCAAAUCACAUACUCAAAGAGAAGGAAUGGGAUCAUCAAGAAGGCCAAGGAGAUCUCUGUUCUCUGCGGUGCUCACGUCGCCGUCGUCAUCUUCGGCUCCUCCGGGAAGAUGCAUGAAUACUGCAGCCCCAAAGCUUCGUUGGUUGAUAUAUUGGACCAGUAUCACACACAGUGUGGGAAGAGGCUUUGGGAUGCGAAGCAUGAGAAUUUGAGCAAUGAGAUUGAUAGGAUAAAAAAGGCGAACGAUAACUUGCAGAUGCAGCUCGGGCACCUAAAAGGAGAAGACGUAACAUCACUGAAUUAUAAAGAGUUGAUGGUCCUAGAAGAUGUUCUCGAAAAUGGCCUCGCAUGUGUUCGAGACCAAAAGGACGAGGCUGUCACGACGCAAAGGAGAAAUCUGAAGCAGAAGGAGGAGGUAACUAAGGAGCUCUAUCUCUAUGGGCAACAUACGGAGAUGAUGAUGGCUGAAAAUGGCAGAGGCGGGGAUAAUACAUGCCGUCAAAGAGUCGACUCUCACAUGCCGUUCGCCUUCUGUGGUCAGCCGGUUCAGCCAAAAUCGCAAGAAAGAAUCUGAAACUUCUCCUGUGGUGGUGAUUGACGACUCAACAGUCAAGUGGCCUUUGUUCGCUACUUUAUGAAGUCUCGUAUAUAUGCAUGUUUCCAGGGUGAUUUGUUAGCAGAUGUCGAAUGGUACGUAGAUAUUAUAUGUACGAGGUGUAAUUGAAGCGCCUUGGCUUGGCUUCGGACCAGCUUGUCUUUUGUUCUUUAGUUCAUCUGAAACCCUAGCGAUUCACUUUGAAGUCCAAGAAAUUAUGUGCAUUUUUUUUUU